AUGGCCCCUCAGAGUUUGCCCCUCCAAGCAGAGGAGGGAGUUCACGAUUAUGAGAACCCCGCCGUCUUCCGACGCAACACUCUUCCUCCUAGAGCAUACUUCAUUCCCGAGACAUCGCUGCUGCUCAACGGCGUCUGGGACUUCCACUACGCCGGCACUCCUGGUGAGGCCCCGUUGCCGGAAGACAAGGACGACAAGUGGGAGACCAUCAACGUCCCCGGACACUGGCAGCUCCAGGGCCACGACUACCCGUGGUACACAAACACUCAGUUCCCCAUCCCCGUCAACCCGCCGUACGUUCCCAGCGAGAACCCCACGGGCACAUACAGACGUACAUUCUACGUGCCCUCGACCUGGGAUGAGAAGUCUCAGCUGCGUCUGAGAUUCGACGGAGUCGACAGCGCAUACCACAUCUGGGUCAAUGGCACUCUCAUUGGCUUUGCCCAGGGCUCGCGCAAUGCGUCCGAGUUCGACGUCACAAGCAUUCUCAAGCGGGACGGCCCCAACGAGGUGUUCGUGAGAGUCUACCAGUGGUCCGAUGCGACCUACAUUGAGGACCAGGACCAAUGGUGGUUGUCUGGUAUCUUCCGCGACGUUACCCUUUUGGCUGUGCCUGAGCCUACCAGAAUCGAGGACUGGUUCCUCCGCACCGACCUUGACGAGAAGUACGAGAACGCCACCCUUCUUGCAACUGUCGAUGUCAAGACGGCCGAGAAGGGAACUCUAAAGCUUACUCUGAGCGAGCUUGGCAAGAACGGCGGCGCCGUCGUUGUCACCAAGGAGGUCGAGGUCGACCCCAGCAACCCCAAGGUCGAGCUCAGCAUUCCCGUCACCAACCCCAACAAGUGGACUGCCGAGACUCCCUACCUCUACCGCGCCGAGCUCACCCUCGGCUCCCACACCGUCUUCCAGAACAUUGGCUUCCGCAAGGUCGAGCUCAAGAACGGUCUGAUCAGCGUCAACGGCGUGCCCAUCCGCAUCCGCGGUGUCAACCGCCACGAGCACCACGCCCACUUUGGCCGCGCCGUGCCCCUCGACUACAUCAAGCGCGACCUCCUCAUCAUGAAGAACCACAACAUCAACUCCCUGCGAUGCUCGCACUACCCGCCUCACCCGAGGCUCUUCGAGCUCGCCGACGAGCUCGGUCUGUGGGUCAUGGACGAGGCCGACCUUGAGUGCCACGGCUUCUACGACGCCAUCGCCAGGCCCCAGGACGUCCAAGAGGAGGCCGACUACGAGGAGCGCAAGGCCGUCACAUUCCCCAAGGCCGGCAAGUACACCAGCGAGAACCCCGUGUGGCGCGAAGCCUACCUCGACCGCAUGGUCCAGCUGGUCCACCGCGACAAGAACCACACCAGCAUCAUCAUGUGGUCUCUCGGUAACGAGGCCUUCUACGGCGAGAACCACAAGGCCAUGUACAAGUACGCCAGGGAGUUCGACCCCAGCCGCCCCAUCCACUACGAGGGCGAUGUCAAGGCCGAGACUGCCGACAUGUACUCUUACAUGUACCCUCCCAUUGACCGUCUGACGCGCCUCGUCACCACCGAGGGCGUCAAGGAAGAUGGAAGCUUCGACAAGCCCGUCAUCCUGUGCGAGUACGGCCACGCCAUGGGCAACGGCCCCGGUGGCCUGGACGACUACAUUGAGACCUUUGAGAAGUUCCCUCGUCUCCAGGGCGGUUACAUCUGGGAGUGGGCAAACCACGGCAUCUGGAAGGAAGACCCCGAUGGCAAGAAGUACUACGCUUACGGAGGAGACUUUGGCGAGCGCCCCCACGACGGCACGUUCGUCAUGGACGGCCUCCUCCACAGCACCCACGACCCUACCCCUGGCUUGAUCGAGCUCAAGAAGGCCUACCAGCCUUUGGCGCUCUCCGUCGAGGAGAACAAGCUGGUCAUCUGGAACAAGUACGACUUCGUCGGCGUUGAGCACCUCUCCGCUACCUACAAGGUCGAGGAGCUGGGCGAGAAAUCCUCUCUCCUCGCCUCUGGCAGCCUCGAGGUCCCCAAGGUCGCUGCCGGCGAGACCGUCAAGGUCGACCUGCCCGCGUCGCUGGCCAACAUCAAGUCCGAUAAGGAGGUCUACAUCACCGUCACUUUCGGUCUGAAGGACUCCACCAACUGGGCCGAGCCCGCACACGAGAUCGCCUGGGUCCAGCACAAGCUGUCCGGUGUGGCCUCCGUCCCUAAGCUCGCCCACUCCACCCUCAGCUCCAAGCUGGAGGUCAAGCAGGUCCGCUCCACCGUCACCAUCUCGGGCUCCGACUUCGCCUUCACCUUCGACACGGCCCGCGGCUACCUCACCUCUUGGACCGCCGCCGGCGUGCCCCUCCUCGAGAAGGACGACUCCACCAAGGCGGCCAUCGCCCACAACUUCUGGCGCCCCCCCACGGACAACGACAAGCCCAACGACGUGCCCUACUGGGUCCGCUACGGCGUCAACGCCUUCGACAGCACGCUCAGCUCCCUCAAGAUCAACGAGUCCGCCGACAAGGUCGAGAUCGUCGCCACGACCUACCUCAGCCCGCGCAUCCUGGACUGGGGCUGGAACAACGUCACGACCUACACCAUCGACGCCACCGGCCGCCUCACCAUCGCCGUCGACCUCAAGUCGAGAGGCAUCAAGCCCACCCACAUCCCGCGCGUCGGUCUCAACCUGCGCCUGCCCAAGGCCCUCAACAACGUCAAGUACCUCGCCCUCGGCCCCGGCGAGUCCUACCCGGACAAGAAGAGCAGCCAGCGCCUCGGCGUCUUCAACGCCACGGUGCCGGAGCUGCACCAGCACUACGACGUGCCCCAGGAGGGCGGGAACCACUUGGAGACCCGCUACGUCGCGCUCACCGAGAGCCACGGCCGCGGCAUCCGCGCCACGCCCGCCGACGCCGCCGUCUGGUCCGAGGAGGAGUGGCGCAACUUCAGCUUCCAGGUCAGCCACUACUCCACCAAGACGGUCGAGACGGCCGCGCACCCCUGCGACCUCGUCGAGGACGACGCCACGCUGCUGCGUCUCGAUGCCCGCGUCGCCGGCGUCGGUUCCGCCGCCUGCGGUCCCAACGUCCGCGAGGAUCUGAAGAUUCACGUCGGAGACUUCAAGUUCGGAUUCGUGCUUGAGCGUGUUGGGUUUUAA